AUGGGGGAGUGCUCUUCUUACAGUUUCCAGCAAGCAUCUCAGCAACUCUUUCCUGCCACAGGGGAGUUCGCUGUGUGCGAGACAUGCAGACUUGGCCGGGGGAAAUGCAGGAGGACAUGCCUGGUUAGUGAGAAGAUUGCAGGCAAGUGCAAGCUGAACUUCUUCUGCUGUCGGGAGAGGAUCUGA